GUUUGAAUUUUGUCUGAAGAAUACCUUAGGUAUACUAACAGGUUGGUACAAACAGGACUAACUAAACUGAAGUUAUUGAUUAACAAAACUUCAUCAUAGGGCACAAAUAGAAUUGUACUUCAAGGAUCCAGUGCCAGAAUUAACAAGGUCUCUGGGGCAUCAGGAACAUCUCCUACUAGUUCACGAAAAAGUAUCCACAGCCAAAAUUAAGAUAAAGAAGGUCACUGGAGUCUCACUGAUUGCGAGGAUGAUGCAAAUAUUUCUUCUUCUGCUCUUUUUCAUGCUGAGGACAGCAGACAGCAACAGGCAGGAAGCUCUGCGUAUUAUGGACAGUGUACCUGUAAUUGAUGGACACAAUGAUCUGCCCUGGCAGCUUCUGGACAAGUUCAAUAACCAGCUGACUAAAGUGAACCUUAGUACCCUAAAUGAGACUCACACCAACAUACCCAAACUGCGUGAGGGCAGGGUCGGAGGACAGUUCUGGGCAGCGUUUGUCCCCUGCGACACUCAAGCAAAGGACGCAGUGAAGAGGACACUGGAGCAGAUUGAUGUCAUUCACCGAAUGUGCGAGGUGUAUCCAAAUUACUUUUUGCUUGCUCAGAGUGUUGCUGAUAUAAAUAAAUCCUUCCAGGAAAAGAAAAUAGCCUGUCUGAUUGGAGUAGAGGGCGGACACUCCAUAGACAGCAGCAUUGGCACAUUGCGUACUUAUUAUAAAUUGGGAGUACGAUAUAUGACACUUACACACAGCUGUAACACACCAUGGGUAGAUAACUGGCUUGUUGAUAAUGGAGAAGAACCAGCAAAGAGUAAUGGAUUGUCUGAGUUUGGAAAGAGUGUCAUCGGGGAAAUGAACCGCCUAGGGAUGAUUUUGGAUUUGGCUCAUGUGUCGAAGAAAACAAUGAUGGAUGCCCUUCAGUUUUCCAAGGCACCCCUCAUCUUCAGCCAUUCAUCUGCUUUUAGCAUUUGCAACCAUUACCGAAACGUGCCCGAUGAUGUUCUGAGACUUGUGAGAGAUAAGAAAGGUCUGGUUAUGGUGAACUUCUUCAAUGAUUAUGUGACCUGCAGUAAGCAAGCAAAUAUAUCAAGUGUGGCAGAUCAUUUUGACCACAUCAAGAAAGUUGCUGGAUACGAGUAUGUUGGGUUUGGUGGUGAUUAUGAUGGAGUGCCCAGGGUCCCAGAUGGUUUAGAAGAUGUUUCCAAGUACCCAGACCUUGUGGCUGAACUCUUGAGAAGAGGAUGGACUGAAGCAGAAAUCAAGGCAGCUCUAGCCAAUAACUUACUCCGUGUUUUCCAGGAUGUCGAAAGGGUCCGCUCAGAGUUAGCUGCAAAUGCGGCCAAUGAUGAGCCAAUUCCAUACAAGGAGAUAGAGUCUGAUUGCCGAACUAGCUAUGGUUAUGAUAUUCCAAAUCAUGCAGCUGGGGGACAACUAUUGGGGAGAGCCAUUCUUCUCCUGUGUUUGUUUUACAGUCUAUUCAUGUGAACACAUAAUUUAAGAAGCACUCGCCUGUGAACGAAAGCCCCUGUCUUUAGUUUACAAAUACUGAUGUGCAGCACUGAAAUGUCUGUUCUGAUCCUUUACAUUUUCUUUUUGUAGACCAAUGCGGUCAAACCUGCUGCAGCAACACCCCAGCUCUAGCAGAAAAUGAUUAGUACGAUAGUUACCGAAUUAUGCAGGAAUAAAUAGUACAAGAUGUACAAUGACUUUUUUAAAAUUAAAAUGUUACGAUUAAAGGUAAAAAUGGCAAAAGAGAAAAUAGUGUAAUUCCAAUUUUUGUUUAAUUCCAUGCACAAUCCUGUUUUGUUUGGAGUAGUGAUAUUGUAAACUAGUUGUAAAGUAUGAGUUAUUUAUAUAUGGGUAUUUGCUAGUCUGAAAUAAAAGCAUUACUACUAA